CUGUCUCCCUCCCCCCAGGCAUGUCCAGCGAGAGCGCUGCCAUCGCCUGGGUUCAGCAAGGGAGUAUUCAGGAUCUCACUGUUCAUCCAUGUGCAGAGAGGGGAAAAAAAAGAGAGGCCGAAAAAAAAAAAAUCCCACAUUGUCAGAGUAAUGCCAAACUCGCUCUGAGUGGGAUGAGCAGAGCAGAUGCUGCUAUGAGAUGCCAAAGCGGCUCCCCUUCCUCUGUGCCUUGGGUGCCUAUAAAUUGCUCCGGCGCGCGUUUGUCAGCCUCCUCUUCUCCUGGCAGGUGGUACCCAGGCAGAAUUCUGCGUUCAGUCUCUCUCGCGCUCCGCUCCCGGCCGUGAGGCGCUCGCCGCUGCUCGCUAGCUCCUCCGCUCCAGCCCGGAGCCUCGCCGAGCCGACCGUGCCCGCCGCCGCCGCUCCGCGCGCCCGGGGGGCGCCUGGCCCCAGCUCGCGCGGCCCGCGCGGGUCUCCGGGGGUGCGCCUCGGUUAGAGUUGCGGUGGUUGCAAAGGAGGAAACAACCAAACAAACGAGGCAGGGGAAGGGCGAACAGAGCGAGCGAAAGAAGAGAAGGAGGAGGCAGAAAAAGGCAACUUCAGACGGAAAGUUGGUGCGAACUGGCGCAGUCUGCAAAAACGGAAAAGUCAAUGCAGGCAGCGGCGGCAUAAAAGUGUGAGCGCCCGGCGAGCGCGAGAGGCGGCGGCUGGCUCUGCCCUCCGGGUGGCCGCGCCGGCGGCAGCCACAGGUGCGAAGGGGCUCGCAGGAGGCGAGAGGGCGCCCUGCGCACCCCUCCCCCCGCCCCCACCCCAGCUCCGGACUUCGGCUCAAGUCACUUGGCGUCCGAACUCCCUCCCCAGCCGCAGCCUCAGCGGGGGGAGCAGGAGCAGGCGAGGAGCGGCCGGCGCGCCCGCCCAGGGGAGUUGGGGUUCGCAGGGGGUUGUUUUCGGCUCUGAGGAGGUCCCCGCCCAACCUUCAAAAUUUUGUCCAAAAGCAGACAAGAGGAUCGCCCCGCGCUGAGCCGGCUGGUGGGCAGCAGGAGGCGCCUGAUCGCCGCCGGGGCGCUGGGGGUGGUGAUGGUGCUGCUGCUGGUCAUCCUCAUCCCGGUGCUGGUGAGCUCGGCCGGCACGUCGGCGCACUACGAGAUGCUGGGCACCUGCCGCAUGGUCUGCGACCCCUACGGGGGCACCAAGGCGCCCAGCACGGCCGCCACGCCGGACCGCGGCCUCAUGCAGUCCCUGCCCACCUUCAUCCAGGGCCCCAAAGGCGAGGCCGGCAGGCCCGGGAAGGCGGGCCCGCGUGGGCCUCCCGGUGAGCCCGGGCCGCCGGGCCCCGUGGGCCCCCCGGGCGAGAAGGGCGAGCCCGGCCGCCAAGGCCUGCCGGGCCCGCCCGGGGCGCCCGGCCUGAACGCGGCUGGGGCCAUCAGCGCCGCCACCUACAGCACGGUGCCCAAGAUCGCCUUCUACGCCGGCCUCAAGCGGCAGCACGAAGGCUACGAGGUGCUCAAGUUCGACGACGUGGUCACCAACCUCGGUAACCACUACGAUCCCACCACGGGCAAGUUCACCUGCUCCAUCCCGGGCAUCUACUUCUUCACCUACCACGUCCUGAUGCGCGGAGGGGACGGCACCAGCAUGUGGGCUGAUCUCUGCAAAAACAACCAGGUGCGGGCUAGUGCUAUUGCCCAAGAUGCUGAUCAGAAUUACGACUACGCCAGUAACAGUGUGGUUCUCCAUUUGGAGCCAGGAGAUGAAGUCUACAUCAAAUUAGAUGGCGGGAAAGCCCAUGGAGGAAACAACAAUAAAUACAGCACAUUUUCUGGAUUUAUCAUUUAUGCUGACUGAUAACACAGAAACUAAGCUUCUUAGUCUGAGUUUGGACACUGGAUUCGUAUGGCUAACGUCAGUGAAUCAAGGAUCCCAGGGGAUGCCAGUUGCGGGGCACCUCAGUUGUGUAUAUGUGGGGAAUUCAAAUGCUACCUGACUCACAUCUGUAUACUCAGAAACAUGAUGUAAAAAAAUAUUAAAGGCAAGAUAAGCAGA